AUGCCUUGGGGAAACGAUAUUGAAGUAAUUGUAGCGAUUGAUUUUGGAACGAAAUAUUCAAGUUUCGCUUACGCGCAUAAAAAAAAUCCUGAAAUAAUAAUAAAUGAUUCUUGGCCGGGACAAAGAGACACUUUAAGGGCAAAUACUGUUUUACAAUAUGAUGAAAAAUAUGAAAAUGUGUUAGAAUGGGGUUAUCCAGCAUUAAUUAAAAAACUUCAAUCAAAAGUUCAUCGUAACAAGCCUAUUGAAUUAUUUAAAAUUCAUUUGAGCACAAUACCUGAUUCAGAGAAACCUCCAUUGCCUCGAUCAUUGGAUUAUAAAAAAGCGAUUACGGAUUAUUUAAGAGAAAUGGUACUCACUGUACCCGAAGAAUUUUCUUUAAAAUCAAAAAGAAUAUUAAGAGAAUGUGUAUAUAAUGCUGGAUUAGUUGGUUAUUUGACUUCAGAAAAAUUACAAUUUUUCACUGAACCCGAAGCAGUUGCAAUGUAUUGUAUGCAAAUGUCAAAAGAACAUUUUGGCUCACCUGAUGGCAAAAGUUUCCUGAUCGUUAAUUGUGAUGACGAUACUGUUGAUUUAACUACACGUAAAUUUAUAUCAACUGAUGCAUUAGGUGAAGUCACUGAACACAUAAUUACUUCUAUAAGAAGCAUUAGUGUGGAUGAAGAAUUUUACAAACUCUUGAAACGUUAUUUAGGUGAUGAGGCAAUAAAAUUAUUAGAAAAUCGUGAUCAAGUUAAAUAUGUAAUACAUGAAUUUUGUAAAGUAAAAUUUUCAUUUUCUGGAAACUUACAAGAUUUUAAAACCUAUAAAUUUAAUCUUGAAGAAUUUUGUCCUUUGAUUAAACGAUAUGUUAAUGGGUUAUAUAAAAAAAAAUUAGAAAAAGAUAAUUGGAUAAUCAAUCUUGAUUUUGAAACUAUGAAAUCACUUUUCAAUCCUGUUAUAGGAAGAAUUAUUCAAUUAAUUUCAGAACAACUUAAUAAAGGGGAUGGAUAUGAUGUUAUGUUUUUAUUAGGUGGCUUUAGUGAAUCAAAAUAUUUUCAAUUGAGAAUUAGGGAAGAAUUUUCAGAUAAAGUAAAAAGCAUUUUUCCUAAACAACCUCAAUCGGCAAAAAUAUUUUAA